UUUAUAUUAUGGCAAACAAGUACAAAGUCUGUGUCCUCGGUUCAGGUGCUUUUGGAACUUCUAUGGCUCAUUGUGCCAUUAAUAAUCCAUACAUAGGACGAGUCCAAAUCUAUGCUAGAAACUAAGCAGUAGUAGAGUCCAUCAACCAAGAACACAAGAAUCCAAAGUUUCUUAGUAACUUUACUUUGCAUCCUGAUAUCACUGCCACUACCGAUUUAUAACAAGCCCUCCACCGUAUGUCUCUCCAACUACUACUAAAGAGGCUAAUUAUGUGCUUUGUUGCAUUCCAACCCAAGAGAUCCAUCCAUUUGUUUAGGCCAACAAACAGUACAUUGAUACAAAGGUUCCAUUCGUUUCUUGUUCAAAGGGGAUAAUCUUAAAAUCUGGAAAAUUGAUCUCUUAAAUGUUGAGUGAAGAAUUCGAUGGAAGAUUAAGAUACGCUUGUCUAAGUGGUCCCUCAUUUGCAGCAGAACUUAUGUAAAAUAGUACAUAAUUCAUUCAUAAAUUAGAUCCAUCAUGUGUUGUUGUAGCUAGUUAGGAUAAUAAAACCUCAAAAUUGAUUUAAUUAGGAUUGUCAGGAAAUUUCUUAAGAAUUUUUACUUAAAGUGAUGUUGUAGGAGUAGAAUUAGCUGGAGCAUUGAAGAAUUUAGUGGCUAUAGGAACAGGCGUAUUAGAAGGUGCAGGUUUCGGAAUCAAUACAUAAACAGCCUAUGUUACUAGAAGUGUUGGAGAAAUGUAAAGAUUUGCCAGAAUUUAUGGAGCUUCAAAACAUACAUUCUAUGGUCUAGCUGGAUUUGGAGAUCUUAUGUUGACAAGUUAUAACUAUUCUCUUUAUUUUUAGGUUUUGGAUCAUUAAGCAGGAAUAGAUCUUUUGGAGUUAAAGUAGGAAAAGGAGAAAAAGUUGAAGACAUAUUAAAAGAAUCUAAAGGAGUUGUUGAAGGAUGGCCAACUUUAGAAUUAGUUUAUAAAUAGGCCUAAGAAAAUAACAUCGACAUGCCUAUGACUCUCAUUUUACAUGACUUUAUUAAAAGAAAAUAUUCUAAAGAGUAGAGCAUCAAAAUGUUGAUGAAUAGAGCAUUCUAAGAUGAAUUUGAACCAACAUUUGAAGAUUUAUUAUGA